AUGAAAGCGUUUAGCUUUCUCAGUAAAGGUGCCUGGUAUGACCGGCUGGAGCAGGGCAACGACAGUGAGCUCGAGAGUCCAGCUCCACCUCAGCAAUCGGUCUUCCUACGUCCUGUCGGAAUCGCUAUUCAUGCCCUACUAGCGGUGCUCUGGCUAUCUGCAUCAUGGUAUAUCAUCUACAGAGACACCUGCCGCCUUAGGUUACAGGCCCUCGAGUUUGGCCCUACUGCAAAUUCCGUCGAGUAUAAAGAUGUUGUCUUCGAGAUGAGUGGGAUGGGCACAAGAGCACACCCAGUCACAGAAUACGAAGGGCCCCCAACACCAGCAAACAAUGUCAAGUGGUACGAACUAUUGAGUGCCGGCAUUAUCGCUCUCGAUGACACCAUGUAUCAAGCACUGGGACAAGAAACAGAGCCCGCGUCUGAUACAGAUAGCACGCCCUUGAUUCAACUCGAGGUGUUCCACCAGCUCCACUGCCUGAACUCGUUACGUCGGCUGAUCUGUAACAACUCCACAUUUACCACGGGCGUAAAUGCGGAGAUGCAUAUGGAUCACUGCAUCGACUAUCUCAGACAGAGCAUUAUGUGCCACAGUGAUUUAACGCCAUUGGUACACAUCCCACGUCCCGGUGGCGCGAGGGAUGACGGCACGGCCUGGAUCCCUAACCUCGCGGUCAAGCAUACCUGCCGUGACUUCUGGAAGAUCCACGAGUGGGCGGCACAGUACAACACCUCUGGGUGGACCAUUGAAGGGUAUCCUAAUCAGGGAGUGGCUCUGGCAGAAUAG